UUCGGUCUUCUUUUCUGAAUUUUUUUAAGGUAAUUCUAAAAACGAGAACAGAGUUUCUUCAUCAACGAAUACUGAAAGUUAUCGUCACGAACAGUUUCUAACAUGGGUGAAGUAGAUUUCUUCUGCAACUUAAUAGGCUGUAGAAAGCCGUUGUUCACGUCCGCAUGGGUAACAAAGUGCUCUCAUAUCUUUUGCGAAGAGCAUGGUAACAUGAUCUCUCAAAAUCAAGUUUGUCCCGCUUGCAAUGAAAGUCUUCUGGGAAAUCACGAUGCAACUAUUCAGAACUUAAAUCCUCCUGACAUUUUCAGAUCGAUGGUGCUGACUGGGCUGAGACCUGACGUAAUAGUUGACAUCAUUGCACGAUCAAUGGCAUUUCGUACCUACCAAAUGGCGCAAGAAAGAGCUUACUACGACUCAACAAUUCAAACCCUAGAGACACAGAUGAAUAAACUUGAAGCAGCGCAUAAAUCAGAGAUCACGAAGAUGGAGAAUGAAAUGGCAGUUUUGAAUAAAAGGCAGCAACAACUUCUGACAGAAUUGGAGACUCAAAAAUUUAGAGUUCAGGAGCACGAAAGGAUCCUGAAUGAAAAAAAUCGCCAGAUUCAGACAAUGCAGAUGAAAUAUGAGUCUUUACGAUGUCAUGCAUCCUUCCAGCACUUUCAAAGUCAAGAAUCAUCUUCACAGCAACCUCCUCCGCGAUCAUUUGGUCAAAGGCUAGUUCCUCCAGCACAGCCCAAACCCACCGCAAAAACUUACAUGACACAGGAUUGUUUACUGCAGGGACUCAGUCAGGGCUACAGGAAUCAACCUACUAAUUGUAACGAAGCGAGAGAAAAGGUUACAAUACAGGAUAGUUUUCUGCAGGGACUCAGUCAAAACUACAGGAAUCAACCUCCUAAUUGUAAUGAAACAAGAGAGAAGGCUAAUGAGACGGGUUUCAUGCUUAACAACUUCAGGACCAAACCUAGAAUAUCUCCAAGUUUUCCUUUUUUUCGAAGUGAUAAAAGUUAGUCUUUUUUUUCUUCACAAAAAUCAAC